AGAGAGAGAGAGAGAGAGAGAGAGAGAGGGAGAUGCAGGGUAUGUGGUCGCUUCCGGCUUCAAACAGUCAGACAGCGCUUUACUACGAGCGCACCCAGUACACAUGACAACAGAAACCUAAAGAAACUCUCCCGACGUCUCACUGGGACUGAAUCUUACUGCACGACUCGAUGCGAAAGGCUCUGAAGUUUCCCUUCAACAAGCCAACAGGAAAAGCUCGUGGAAGAGAGGGAAAUACUUUUCAUCUUCCUCUGUGGAAGAGGGCUUUUGGUGAGGAAAAAAAAGAAGGUAAAGAAGCAACAAGGACCCAGUGGCAGCGUCGAACAAGUUCGUGUGUGGACGAAACAAAGUAAAAGAAGCGCAGAAAACACGCGUUGUGGUGCACGAGGGGCUGUUACUCUGCAUGUUUGUGUGUUCCGAGUGUGAAACAGACAGAAGAGUCCUCCUUUCAUGACUGCUGCUCUCUGACAGAACUAUCACUCAGACCACUUACAGGGUCUCAGAGGAGCCCGAAGAGGAGUGGACAGCUCCAAGUGUUGGAGCCGCAGUUGCUGUCUGAAUGCAAAGGAAACACUGAAAGCUGUUCUCCAGAACUCCCUGCUGCCUCAGGGGAGAUUGUCAGAUGUGUACCCAGCACUCACAGCCCCUGGCCUGGCCGCGGGGAUGGCAGCGUCUGCCCUGAACCUGAACGGCCUCGGAGUCAUGAACAGCAGUAAUCAGUUUCACACCCAGCCAGGCUCCUCUAAUACCAAUUCAGCAGCUAGAACCAGUCCCGUCGGUCGACCUGUGCUGCCAGUUCCAGAUCGGAGUACCUACUGUCAGCUUCUCGGUGGAGGUCUCUACAGCCCCACCAGCCCAAAGACGAGCCCUGGACCCCUGGGGCAAACUUUUGUCUUUCCCUCAUCAUCGUCCUCCAGCUCCUCCUCUCGGGCUCGCUCCCCCUCCCCGCGGAGCCCGGAGCUGCUAGGAGUCAAUGUGGGACAGCGGGUCCGACGACUGAGCUCGCCCGGCUGUGAGGAGAGAGGGGACGGAGAAGGGCAGGAGGAGAGGGGAGGAGAGACGGGAGGAGGAGAAAGGCGAGAGGAAAGGAGACGGCAGGCACAGCUGCUGCAGAUACACAGGGAGCUGCAGAACGUUGAGGUGAGGGGAAAGGUGGGCAUCUUCGAGGCGCACAUUUCCGGUAUCCGCGCCCAGGUGCUCACAAGUGAACUCCAGCGCAGCCCAAGGUCUCCACGACGAUCGACGAGCCAAACACCAGCCUAUCCCAGCCAAGGAGACACGGCCCUUGAAUCCUCAAUGACCCACCCACAUCAGACUAAAGCUCCUUCUGUUGUUCAAAAUGGAAGAGAAGGAGAGGAAGAAACUAUGGAUGGAGAACAGAGGGAGAGAGGGAGGAGUGGAGGUGAGAAAAACAACAGUAGUGCUACAGAAACAAACACAGAGAACAUGACACUUAUUGGUCAAAAUGGUGGCCAUUUUGGAACAACAAUGCAGACUGUUUGUUCAGAUGGACCAACUGACCUUCAGGGUUCUGUGGAGACAUUAAACCUGGAUGGAAAAAUAGAAGAAGAGAAGAAAGAGGAUGUGAGGAAAGCUGGAGGGGAGGUAGAACUCAAAAAAAUGGCAAGAAGCGAAACAGAACAGACUGAAAAAGAAAUAAAACAUGAGUUAACUGACCAAGUGUGUCUUGGGAUGCAGCUCCAGAAAGUGUCAAACUGUUUGGCUGUCAACCCAGAAACCCCUGACCCAUGUUUGAUUGACAACACUGAUCACACCUCCAACCACUCUCCUCUUGUGCCGCCCUCCGUUCCUCCCUCCAUCCCGGCUGUCAUUAUAACGGACCAUGGUUUGGAAAGCCCACCUCAAACUUUUGAAGGCACUAGCUCAGACCAGGGACUAAGCUGCACACCCAGCCCGGGCUCAAGCCCCGUCCCUGGGUCCAACUUCGCCACCCGCUCCCUCAGGAAGCUAUCCUCCUCCUCGGCCUCUUCGGCUGGGUUCUCCUCGUCCUGGGAAGAGUCGGAGGAGGAUAUUUCCAGUGAUACGGAGAAAGGGGAGCAGCUUCUCAACCCUGCUGUCCUGACCUCCAAACAGAAAGCGCACAAAUCCUGGAAGAAGAUUAAGAACAUGGUCCAUUGGUCACCGUUUGUCAUGUCGUUCAAGAAGAAAUAUCCCUGGAUACAACUGGCUGGACACGCAGGGAGCUUCAAGGCAGGAGCCAACGGCCGUAUACUGAAAAAACACUGUGACUGUGAGCAGCGCUGUUUGUCCCUCCUGAUGAAGGACGUUCUUCGACCGUACGUCCCUGGUUACCAUGGAGACGUGGAGAAGGAUGGACAAAAAUACAACCAGAUGGAGGAUCUGUUGGCCGAGUUUGACUUCCCGUGUGUGAUGGACUGUAAGAUGGGAGUGAGGACCUACCUUGAGGAAGAGCUGACUAAAGCUCGUAAGAAGCCCUCCCCAAGACCUGACAUGUACCAGAAAAUGAUCGAGGUCGACCCUGAGGCGCCGACGCCCGAAGAGAAUGAGAAGAAAGUGGUGACCAAACCCCGGUACAUGCAGUGGAGAGAGACCAUCAGCUCGACAGCCACCCUGGGAUUCAGGAUAGAGGGAGUCAAGAAAGAGGACGGGACUGUGAACCGAGAUUUCAAGAAGACAAAGACGAGAGAGCAAGUCACCACAGCCUUCCAGGACUUCGUCAAAGGAAACAAGGACAUCCUGAACUGUUAUUUAAGCCGGCUGAAGGAAAUCAGAGACACUCUGGAGACGUCCCCGUUCUUCAAAACACACGAGGUGAUUGGCAGCUCCUUGUUAUUCGUCCACGACAGCAAGGGACGGGCUAAAGUCUGGAUGAUCGACUUUGGGAAAACCACACCUCUUCCUGACGGACAGGAACUGACCCACCUUGCAUCAUGGGUAGAGGGAAACAGAGAAGAUGGUUAUCUCAUUGGACUUGAUAGCAUGUUGGACAUCAUUUCUUCCAUGGUGAACUCUGACACCUGAAGUCUGAGGCGCUUUGAUUUGAACACAGAGUGAAAAUUGUUAAACACAAAAACCACUUCCAUUCAAUCUUUCUUUUCUCCUGGGAACACUUUGGACUUCCUGAAUGACUCCCUUGUCUGUCCUCAUGUUGGAAACCACAUCGUCACAUGACAAUAGACAGGACAAUCCCAUCAUGGAUGACACUUUAUUAUUCAUAUCCAGUUUUUCCGGCAGAGAUUUUGACUUUUCAUAGCUAAUGUCAAUUAUGAAAUAAACAAUAACCAAGUUCCAUUAAGUGCCCAAAUAAGCCAUUCUUGUCAGUGAGUGCACAGUUAAUUUUACUAAUUUCUGCCGUGACAUGUCAAAAUGUCUGCAGUAUUAGGACACUUUUACUUUUGAUAAAGCUGCAAGACAGACUUUGAUGCCACACAAUUUAGAGCCUAAAACUGGUGUUAUUUAAUAUUUUUAUCAUAAACAAAUCACAUGAAGAGACCAGAAACUGCUUAUCCAUCUUUAGAUAUUGCUCAGCCUGUUCCUGCUGAAAACUUAUGAAAAGAAAGGCUGAUGUUUCCCUUUUGGCUAAUCUGCAGGAAUGAUAAUUGAAGCAAAGUAACAUAAAUGAAUGCUGUGUGAAGUGAAGAAGAUGGUUACAGAACAACAUAAAACAAAGCAGAGAGAAACAAGCUUAACUUUGUCGUCUGCUCUUUCAGGAUUUGUCAUUCAAAUGUCAAAUAAGCAAGAGAAAACAGUACAUUUGAUUAAUCCACUGUGAAUGUGCAGGUACUGUCAAGUGCUGAGUAUCACUCAACAAACUCGAGUCGAUGUGAAGCGUCAUGAAUGUCAUCAGACAGAAACAGUUUGCGUUAUCAACAUGUGUUAAGCUCUUGAGCACAGAGGAACCUGUAGCUACUCAGGCCACGCCAUGGGACCAAUAAAUUGUAGGUUUCAGGAUUUGUUUAUUAUAAGAAGUAAAUUACAUAUCACCAGAAUGACUCUUUAGAGCCACUAUGUGUACAGUUACUCCAACAUAUGACCCUGAGUAUGUUUUAAAUAUAAUUCUAACAUUUCCAUCAUAUAGACCAGCAAAAUUAAAAAACAGGUUGUAAUCACAGAGAAGUUUACAUUUAGUGGCUUUAAAAAUGUAGUUCAAAUUCCAAUAUUUAACAUAGUAAUAGCUCCCCACACUCCAUGUCUGUUGACUUAAGCUUAACUCAGAUGUCUUAGUCAGUCAAUGAAUAUUUGCCUACUUGUGUGACCUCAUCUUAAGCACAUUUCCCGUUCCACUUUAUAACUAAGUGCACUCCGUCACAUUUCCAUUGUAAAAGAUAGUGCAGUUGAAUGUGUUUUUACUAGUGGUAAUAUUAUUUUAGGUGUGGUUCAUGGUGGGAAACUAUUCUUUUAGCUUUUUUCACCACUGUUCCAGCACUCACACUCAUGCUGUUGAAAAUAACUCAGAUCAUCUAAAUUAGUCAGACAGGUUUUUGGCAGCACUCAUGUUUUCUCCACAGUAAUCUGGCAUUAACUGGUAAUUAUGUGGAAUGAAAUCUCACAUCUCACAGUAGAUCCUGGAUACCACAGAGAGAACGGUCUUUAUUUGUAAGAUAUGUGCAGCCAACAUGGCGUCCAUCAUCAUUCUCACACUUUGUUGGGGUUUAUUCAUAAUGUACAGUAAGAUAUAUUAAGUUUGAUGUAGUUUUGUACAAUUACUUUAGUUUACUCAAACCCUGUGGAACACUUACAGCCAUGAACAACCCUAUUUAAGCUAAACAGUGCCUUCUUCACAUUACAAAGCCAAGUCAGAAAACUGAAAACAGGUUCUCACUUUUAACUGUUACAGUGGAAGUUUCUUAAAAGUCUUAAAUGUUGUUUUCUGUACUUAGUCUUAAGGUGCAUGUUUACUAUCCUCUUAGAGUGAAAUCUUACUUUUAUUUCAUUAUGUCCUUAUUUAUAACAUUAUAUGUUUUAAUAGUUAACAGGAUACUGUGACGUUUGAAUUUUGGCUGUUAUGUUAUCUUGUUUUCAAGCAUGUGUUACAGUAUGAGUGGAAGUCAAAUUAUUGGGAAAGUUGCUAACAUUGUGAUAUAUUUAAACCACCAGAUGAUGUUUGGAUUAUGAUACGCCUCCCUUUAUAACUGGGAGUUCAAUCAUUGAGAGUAAAAUAACCUUUUGGGGAGAUAUGGGAUAAAAGGAAAUACAUAAUGUAACAGAUUCUUGAUGAGCAAUAAAAACUAAACAGUAUGUAGGUUACACUUCACCCUAUAUACAGCACAUAUACACCCUACAUAGUUUUCAGCUUAUGUUUGCUGUGACAGUAGAGAGAAAAGACAGAUUUUUACUCCAUGCAGUGCCUUCUAGUAGAACAUAGUUUGACAUUUUGAGAAAUAUACUUUUCUCAGCCUUUUUACGUUAAAAUGAUAUCCGAAAGUUGAUACAAUACGAGCUAAAGAUGAAGCAUCAAACAGAAGUUAGUUAGCUUAGCCUAGCAUUAAGCUUGGAAUUGACAUAACAAAACAGAACUGGUUGUAAAAUUUUAAUUUGAGAGUUUAAAAAAAUUGGCUAACUUACUCCUUGCAGUCUCUUUGCUAAGCUAGGCUAACAAAGCUGCCAAGUUUAAGAGCUCAUUUUUAACUUUUGAGAGUAAACAAGGUAAGGGCAUUUCCCACUAAUUUCAACCUAUACCUUAAAGACCAAACAUCUUGGCUUUUGCUUUUGCUCUUCAGUGUGCACUUAUGGCGGUUUGUUAGUAUCAUAAUGUUAUGGUUUUGCUGGCUUGUGUAUUUAUUUGGUUUGAUCCUUUAAAAAGGUGUGUAUUUGGUGAAAAAAA